GUCGUGCUUCGGGCGCGCCAAAUGGGAGGGGGAGACGCAAGAUGGCGGCAGCCGCGAACUCCGGCUCUAGCCUCCCGCUGUUCGACUGCCCAACCUGGUGAGUGGCGGGGCGGCCAGGGCUAGAGUGGCCCGGCCGGAGCUAUCCUGGGCUGGAAGGGCGGCUCUUUUUUUACUUUUCUGCUGCGAGCCGAACGGCUCAGAAACCCUGGAAUGGUUGAGGAAAAACUGUUCGCUGCACCGGGCCGGGCGACGUGUUGAAGAACCGAGAGCCUGGAGCCCAGGCCCAGGAACUGAAGAAACCCGGGGUUGGGGGCUCAAAGGCGCUCACUUAGGCAGCCCCUUUGAGCGAUUAGCCAGUUGCCGGAGCGCUUCGAGGCCUUGGCCCGAACUUACGCCCAACUCUUGACUGAGUGCCUGGUGCUCUCGUGGAGCAUCGCAUCUGGCCCCUUCCUGUACGUCCCGAGCGCGCUCGAGCCAGCCCCGGCCCCAACCCUACCUCCAAGCCCCGCAUCCCUCUGUGGUUGCUGCAUCCCUCGUGCGGCACUUGUCUGUCUGCCACAGAGAACACGAGGGGCAGGUAAGCCCCCUCCCGGUUUACAUCUGGAUGUAGUCAAAGGAGACAAACUAAUUGAGAAACUGAUUAUUGAUGAGAAGAAGUAUUACUUAUUUGGGAGAAACCCCGAUUUGUGUGACUUUACCAUUGACCACCAGUCUUGCUCUCGGGUCCAUGCUGCACUUGUCUACCACAAGCAUCUGAAGAGAGUUUUCCUGAUAGAUCUCAACAGUACACACGGCACUUUCUUGGGUCACAUUCGGUUGGAACCUCACAAGCCUCAGCAAAUUCCCAUCGAUUCCACGGUCUCAUUUGGCGCAUCCACAAGGGCAUACACUCUGCGCGAGAAGCCUCAGACAUUGCCAUCGGCUGUGAAAGGAGAUGAGAAGAUGGGUGGAGAGGAUGAUGAACUCAAGGGCUUACUGGGGCUUCCAGAGGAGGAAACUGAGCUUGAUAACCUAACAGAGUUCAACACUGCCCACAACAAGCGGAUUUCUACCCUUACCAUUGAGGAGGGAAAUCUGGACAUUCAAAGACCAAAGAGGAAGAGGAAGAACUCACGGGUGACAUUCAGUGAGGAUGAUGAGAUCAUCAACCCAGAGGAUGUGGAUCCCUCAGUUGGUCGAUUCAGGAACAUGGUGCAAACUGCAGUGGUCCCAGUCAAGAAGAAGCGUGUGGAGGGCCCUGGCUCCCUGGGCCUGGAGGAAUCAGGGAGCAGGCGCAUGCAGAACUUUGCCUUCAGCGGAGGACUCUACGGGGGCCUGCCCCCCACACACAGUGAAGCAGGCUCCCAGCCGCAUGGCAUCCAUGGGACAGCACUCAUCGGUGGCUUGCCCAUGCCAUACCCAAACCUUGCCCCUGAUGUGGACUUGACUCCUGUUGUGCCGUCAGCAGUGAACAUGAACCCUGCACCAAACCCUGCAGUCUAUAACCCUGAAGCUGUAAAUGAACCCAAGAAGAAGAAAUAUGCAAAAGAGGCUUGGCCAGGCAAGAAGCCCACACCUUCCUUGCUGAUUUGAUAUUUUUGGUCAUGGAGAAGGGUGGGAUUGGGUGGGAAUGGGGUGGAAGGGUGAGGGGAGCUAAUGAACUAGGGAGAAAAACUUUCCAUGUGUGCGGUAUCGUCUUUCAGAAUGUCUCCUGGCAUCCUAACCAUGUAAUAUGACAAUUGGGGGUGGGGUUGAAAUAGCCCAUAAAGACCUGUCUUCACAACACUUGCAGUGUAGAGAAAGGCUUCUUAUAUCCUUUUCAAUAGACUGCCCUGGCUCUUUCCUAGGCCUUCCACUACCUCCUUUCUUUCUCCCACUUUCUAGGAUCAUUUUUAUGUAAAGUCACAUAUCCCAGGCCCUCAGGUUGAAUCCAGAGCUGUACAGGUUACAGUAGCAUCACCAGCCUUGGGGGUCCAGAGCCUAAUUUAUAUUCACUAUCCUUCCAAGUCCCGGGUAGCAGAAGGGUUGCCAUAGAUCUCAGUUCGAUCAAAAAGAAGGCUUAGAAUUCUGCAGUUAAGCUGAGGUUUAAACUAAAAAAUGUUUCCUUGGGUCAGUGGUUUUGAGGUCCAGUAGUUAGGCUUUUCUCUUUUGUCCUUCCUGUUGGAAUGAAAACAUUUCGAUUUUCCUUCAUCUGUGACUGGUGCCAUAGACACAGGUUUAUAGUUUUAACUUACAGUAUUGUUUGAAAUUUACCUGUUUUUCUUGUCAAACCUGAGCACUCCUCCUGCUGAAGUUUCUUAUUUAAUUCCAGAGUACUGUCCUCUACUCUAAGGCAUUACUUUUAAGUGUAUUAUGACGGCAGUUUUCAAAGGAUAUGACCAGUUGGGGUAAUUCAAAUUAAAAAGGAAAAGAUUUGUUUGGAAGUAACUGGUGUCUCUAAGAGGAAUUUUUAGAUGUCAGUUUGGAGGCUCUUUCCCCCCUCAAUUGAGAGCUCUUGUUAUUUAGAGCUCCAAGACUAGACCUGGCUAACAAACAUAGGAGACAAAGUUAGGAAACAUUGAUACAAGCUUUGUACAGAGAUUUGUACAUUUGUGUAAUAGGCCUUUUCAUGCUUUAUGUGUAGCUUUUUACCUGUAACCUUUAUUACAUUGUAAAUUAAACGUAACUUUUGUCA